AUGGCUCAACAGUUGGUCGAAAAGAAGGGCUGGGGCAACCAUGAACUGGCUCGCACUGGUCGCAUGGCCCUAUACGGUGGUUGCGUCUUCGGUCCUGCCGCUACACUCUGGUUUGGAUUCCUACAAAGAGCUGUACGGCUUCCUGGCCGACCCAACCUCGAAAUUGUGGCACGUGUGGCAGCCGAUCAGUGCAUCAUGGCUAGUACGAACUUGUUCGUGUUCUUGAGUACGAUGGCUGUGCUGGAAGGCACGGAUCCGAAGAAGAAGUUAGAAAGCACAUAUUUCAAUGCUUUGAAAAAGAACUGGAUGGUUUGGCCUGCAGUGCAGCUGGUGAACUUCAAGUUUGUGCCACUGGAGCACAGGGUCCUGGUCGUGAACAUAGUAUCUUUAGGCUGGAACUGCUACCUCAGCUUCCUCAACAGUCAGGGAAGUAACCCACAAGCUGAGCCAGUCUAUCCUCCAGACGUCUAG